CCGGGCGCAUAAAGGCGGGCGGGCGCGCGCAGGCUGGCAGCAGCAUGCCGCUCCCGCCGGGCACCCAGGAGCCGCCGGGCUGUGAGGGGCGGCGGGCGAUGCGGCAGCUGCCCGCGGACAAGCGGGGCCCCGAGGGGGACGCCUCCCCAGAGCUGGAGGACGCCUACAAAGUGGUGCUGAGGGCGCUGGGGGAGGACCCCGGCCGGCAGGGGCUCCUGCUUACGCCUCGCAGGGCGGCCAUGGCCAUGGAGUUCUUCACUAAAGGCUACCAGGAGAGCACCGAGGAUAUACUCAAUGGUGCAAUCUUUGAUGAAGAUCAUGACGAAAUGGUGAUCGUUAAGGAUAUUGAUAUGUUUUCCCUUUGUGAGCACCACUUGGUACCUUUCUUUGGCAAGGUACAUAUUGGAUACUUACCAAGAAAGAAAGUGGUUGGAUUAAGCAAACUUGCAAGAAUUGUUGAAAUCUUUAGUCGAAGACUGCAAGUUCAAGAGAGACUUACCAAGCAAAUUGCCAUGGCAAUUACUCAGGCUCUGAAGCCUGCUGGAGUGGCUGUAGUUGUAGAAGCAUCACACGUGUGCAUGCUUAUGCGAGGGGUUCAGAAAAUGAACAGCAGGACCAUCACCAGCACCAUGCUUGGAGUCUUGCGGGAGGAUCCAAAAUCCAGAGACGAAUUUCUCACUCUGAUCAAGAAUUAAAUGGAAACAGAUUUUUAGUUCACUGUUGUUUGGAUCAAAAAGCAAAACCAGUUGCCAGAAAUUAAUUGCCAUAUGUGAUACGAGCCUGUCUGCAGAGUUCAUGUAUUAGAAAUAGCUGUAUUACAGCUUGCUUCUCACUUCUCAUUAGCACCUUGUAAUGUCAUAAAAUAUUUGCUAGAGGA